AUGGACCGAAGUAUUGCGGACUUUUAUGAUGGACAAUCAAUUUUUAUAACUGGAGGUACAGGAUUUCUUGGAAAGGUACUCGUAGAAAAGUUACUGUAUAGCUUUUCCGGAAUUAGUAAAAUUUAUCUUCUAAUGCGACAAAAGUGUGAUGCUGAUAUACAUAAAAGUCUUCAAGAUAUGUUGGAAAAACCGUUAUGGCAUGUAUUUUUACGACUGAGAAAUGAAAAACCACAGUCUUUAAAUAAAAUUAUACCAAUUAUCGGUGAUAUUUCUGAACCAAAACUUGGAAUUAACGAAGCAGAUGAAAAAAUGUUAAUAGAAAACGUAUCAAUAGUGUUCCAUGCGGCUGCUACGGCUUUUGUUUAUGUGUCUACUGCGUUCAGUAACGUCAACAGAAAAUUUAUAGAAGAGGUGAUAUAUCCAGCUCCAGCUUCAUUAGAAGAAGUUGAAAAUUUAAUAAAAGCUGGCAUCACUAAAGAUGAAGUUCAACGUCUUAUAAGUACUAAAGAAAGAAUAAACACAUACUUAUUUUCGAAAGCAAUUGCUGAGUCCAUGGUGGCCCAAAACCAUGACACCAUACCAAAAAUAAUAGUUCGACCAUCAAUAAUAACAUCGAGUAAAGUAGAACCUUUAGUUGGUUGGAUAGACACUUGCCUUGGGGUGCCUUCGCUUAUGAUUGCAAUCGGUAAGGGCCUGAACCGAGUCCUGCUCGGAAACCCUAAUAAUUGUGUAGAUCUUAUACCAGUUGAUUACGUAUCAAAUCUCAUCGUCGUUGCCGCUGCAAAGGGUACGAGGUCGGAAGAUGUCGCAGUAUAUGGGAGUUGUACAAGUGAAAUAAAUCCUAUUACGAUGAAGAGUCUCAUAGAUAUGUGCAUAACUGAGACCGUCAAACAUAAAUGGAAUGACCUACCUAUGCCUUUCUGCUUUUAUACAAGAUCUAAGUGGCUUGUAACAACCAUCACAUUUUUAAUACAAAUUAUUCCAGCAUACAUAGCUGAUAUGUUUUUAUGGAUUAUUGGAAAAAGAAAAAGAUAUUUAAAAUUACAAUCCACAGUGACUUUAGUUCGCAAUGCUUUAGAAAAUUGUACAAAUAAUAGCUGGGUGAUUAGUGCAGCGAAGUCUAGAGCUUUGUACCACAGUUUGUCCCCAUCGGAAAGAGAACAAUUUCCCUUUGACCCUGCGGACAUCGAUUGGAAGGAAUAUAUACCUAGUUACUGCGCUGCUAUCGGAAAAUUUUGGUUAAACAAA